CUAUACAUUAGGGCACGCACGCUGAGCAGAGCAACACUGAGACAUCCAUUAGCCAUUGAAGAUGAAGAGAAUUUCUCUGCGAAAUGGCAAUGCUAUUCCCUUUAUCUCUUUCUUCCCUAAUUCACAUUCUGCUUCCGCAAUUUCAGGAAAGGGUAAAGUUGGGUUAAACAGUAGCAAUUUUGACAAAGUAAAGAGUUUAGAUGAUGCUGUGAAUCUCUUCAAUCAAAUGGUUAGAAUGAAACCUCUUCCUUCACUUGUCCAUUUCUCUAAAUUGUUUAACAAUAUGAUAAGUAUGAAGCAUUACAUUGCUGUCCUUUCUCUUUUUCGAGAAAUGCAGAAAUUGGGUAUCCCAAUUAAUGUUUUCAUCUUGACUGGUGUGAUUAAUAGUUAUUGUCUGAUGCAUCGUUUUGAUUAUGCAUUUUCGGUGUUACCCAUUUACUUGAAGAAUGGCAUUCCAUUUGGUAUUGUCACCUUUACCACCCUAUUAAGAGGAAUCUUUGCUGAAAAUAAGGUCAAAGAUGCAGUUGAAUUGUUCAAAAAAUUGGUGAGAGACAAGGUUUGUGAGCCUGACGUAGUCAUGUAUGCAACUGUCAUGAAUGGGCUCAGCAAAAGGGGUCAUACUCAAAAAACUGUAAGUUUGCUCCGUUUAAUGGAACAAGGGAACACUAAGCCCGACAUAUAUAUCUACAACAUUGUUAUAGAUUCCCUUUGCAAAGAUGGAAACUGUGAUGUUGCUAUCACUCUUUUGAACGAGAUGAAGCAGAGAGGCAUUCCUUCAAACAUAGUCACAUAUAAUUCAACAGUUGAUGGUUUGUGUAGGAUUGGUCAGUGGGAAAAGGUUAAGAUUUUGUUAUCUGAGAUGGUGAACCACAAUAUUUAUCCAAAUGUGUGCACCUUCAAUAUACUAACACAUGGACUAUGCAAAGAAGGGAACGUUGAAGAUGCCGUGGAAGUAAUGAAAUACAUGGUCGAAAAGGGUGUAGAGCCUAAUAUUAUCACCUACAGUGCGAUAAUGGAUGGAUAUUGUUUGCGUGGUCAACUAGAUAGAGCGAGGAGAAUUUUUGAUAGCUUGAUAGAAAAGGGCAUUGAGCCUAACAUUUUUAGCUAUAGCAUACUAAUAAACGGAUACUGUAAGAAAAAGAAAGUGGAUGAGGCCAUGCAAUUGUUUUGUGAAAUUUCUCAAAAGGGAUCAAAACCUGAUAUUGUUACCUACAGUACUAUCUUGCAAGGUCUGUUUGAAGUUGGAAGAACUGGUGAUGCAAAACAAAUUUACGCUGAGAUGCUAUCUGCGGGGACCAAGCCUGAUAUAUACACUCAUGCCAUUUUGCUCAAUGGUUAUUUUAAGUGCGGACUUGUCGAAGAAGCUAUGUCACUCUUUAAUAAGUUAGAAAGAAGUGGAGAAUAUACUAAAAUUGCAUUUUAUAAUGUUGUCAUUAACGGAUUGUGCAAAAAUGGUAAACUUAAUGAAGCGCAUGUUCUUUUCGAGAAGCUUUCUUUCCUUGGAUUGCUUCCUGAUGUGAGAACAUACAAUGUUAUGAUAAAUGGAUUUUGUCUUGAAGGGUUGUUUGAUGAAGCUAAAGAUAUUCUAGGAAAAAUGGAAGACAACGGUUGUUCUCCAAACAAUGUCACUUAUAAUGUCAUUGUGCAAGGAUUUCUCAGGUGCAACAAAAUUAGUGAAAUGGCAUCUUUUAUGAAGGAAAUGGCUGGAAGGGACUUCUCAUUUGAUGCAACGUCAGCUGAGUUUUUGGUAAACAUUGUAAGGGAGAAUCCUUCUGUCCUUGACAUGAUACCAGAGCUUCACUCGAAAAAUAAGAAGUGAAUAUUUCUUUUGUUUGGUUCAUUCGGCUGCACUAUCACUGUGAUACAGCUUCCUUUUUAUCCCUUCAAAAGAAAUGACACCCAAUGCAUUUGCCAAAUGUGAUGGCAAUUAGAACAUCGCUUGAGCUUUCCAGACAUCAGUUUUGAUUUGAGAAAAAAUGGUGACCAUACUGAUUUUGUUAAAAAAGAAAUAAUGGUUGAUGCAGGGCAAGUUGCUAGUUUUGCACUGAGUUACAGCAAGCUUUGUUUAUGUUAUUAUUUUUUCCGAGAAUCUAACUUGAUUUCUUGCAGGCUAGUGUUGGUCUUGACACUUUUACUAUGUGCAUUUCCAGUAGUUUUGCAGUUUCCUGUUGGCUUGGAAAUCUUUUUUCCUAGUUUCUAACUUGGUGGUUUGAUCUUGUGUAACUGUAUAUUUGCUACAACUGUGCACAAUCUAGUGAAAAAUGAAAGCUCCAAAUUUAAGGCAGAUAAUUGGGGGUCUUUUGUAGAGAAUCAUAUAUUUUUUUGAAACUUGUAGUGAAUCAUAUCGCUGCGUGUGUUUCUAUGGAAUGACUAAAGUGCUGGUAUAAAUGGGAUCAAGAAGAUGCAGGUUGAUGCAGGGCAAGUUACUAGUACGGGAAUGGUUGCACCAAGUUAUGUUCAGAAAGUUGCACCUUUUACGGGAAUGGUUGCACUGAAUUAGUAUCUUAAGGACUUCAGUUGUGACUUGCUUUUCUUAAACUCUUUUCUGCGAUGCAGCUGUCUCUAGCAUCAGACUUUAUGUACAACCAACCAUAUGUCUAGAGAUGUUACAUCAAGCUUUGGUUAUGAUUACAUCCUUCGACAGCAACAGUUAUUCAUGCAUUACAGUGUAGUCUCAGAGGGAAGAUUGAUUCCAAUAGAUGUGUUGCUGCUUUAUUGGAAGAGCGCUUGAAUAUGGGUCUUAAUUUCAAUUUAUCAGCCGAGGUCGAUCACAAAAGGAAAGACUACAACUUUGGCUUUGGACUCACAGUUGGAGAAUAGAGGAGGAUGUUUGAACAGGGAUUAAGUUUUAAUAUAUGAGCACAAGUAAAUUGAAAGCAUCUUAGCAAGUGCUUCGUUUUCUCAGCAAUAAAAGAAUUGAAACAUCAGUUUUGUAUUUUUAUCGAGCAGACAUUGUCAACUGGUGCAGCUUGUCACUAGUAGUUGAUUUUGCAAUUUGAGUCAUUCUUUGGAUAUGCAUAGUAAA